AGGGCAUGCUCCCCGAGGGCGGCAGCGUCGUCGACUUCCUCGAGGUGAUCCUGACAGACUUCAACCGCCUCGAGGCGGAGACGGUCUCCAGCGAGGCUGCGGAACUCGCCGAGUACAAGAAGUACAUGGCGGAGUCCGAGAAGGACAAGGCGCUCAAGGAAAACGAGAUCAAGCAUAAGGGCGCGAGGAUCAAGGCGCAGACCAGCGCGCUGCACCAGGCGGAGGAGAUGCUCUCGAUCAAGCAGGAGCAGCUCAGCGCCGCGGUGGCCUACUACGAGAAGCUGAAGCCAGAGUGCGUGGACAGCGGCAUCACGUACGAGCAGCGGGUGAAGAACCGCGAAGCAGAAAUUCAGUCCUUGGAGGAGGCCCUGAAGAUCCUGACCGGCGUGGAGUGGUCCCCCGACGCGGCGCCCACGGCGUAGGGGCGGCGCCGGGCCGUCGCCGCGGGGGGGGCCCGCGGGCGGCGAGCGUGCGGUCCCGCCUGCGCUGCGGAGACGCGUCCUCCUCGUCGCCGCCCGCCUCCUCCCCCCAC